AUGAUUAAAAACCACUAUUCGCGUCUCGUAGAAAGUGGCAAGCUAUAUCUAGAGCAGAGUGCAAAAGAGGCAGACGCCCGAAGAGAACGAGGUGAAGAUCUGGGACCACCACCAACACCAACCCCAGCGCCUAAGAGACGAUACGAGGGUGCGCAAACUCUGAGUGCGCAAAAUCUCCGUACUCUCCAGGAAACCACAACCGACCGACCUGUGGACAAAGGUGCUCCGCCGUUUGCCAUCGGAGCUGAUUCGGGUCACGGAGCAGCACACUACUUCGAGGGCGCGAGGCCAGUGCCGAACCUUGUAUUGCCUGAGAAGAAGCGUGCAAAGCUCGCGGGUAGUAAGUCACCUACCCCGGGUGCCAGAGUGCCUCCUCGAAUUGUUUCACGCAGAGAUACCCUCAUUUAG